UGAGGGCUUCAAAAACAGAACGACAAGGCUUUCCCAUAUGCAGUACUUUUGGGCAACUCUAAGCAAACGGGGUCUGUUUUAUUGAGGGGCCUCUUUAGACUUAGUCCCAUUCCGCGGCCUGCCAUCAGUUGCGAGCGUACCUUUUGGAAAUGACAUCGGUAAUUCUGGCCAGAUUGGCAUCAAUCUGUAAGCAGAUGUCCAACUACAUCAAAACAAACUCACCCUUUGUGAUCGAGGUGCUGAUGGUGUCGCUCUGCUUUGGCGCUAUAAUCAGCAGAUAUUUAAUACUGACCUAGACGGAAUAUACAUAUAUACAAAUAUAUGUAUUCAAUCAAACCAUGUAAAUAAUAAAAUGAGUUAACGGAAACUUUCUCUAAUUAGAA